AUGCGAAGUUCUGCUGCUGUUGGCAUUAUGUUGGCUUUCAAAGCUUCUCCUAUGGCCACGCAGGCAGGGUCUUUGCCCAUAGUUGCUGCUGCUAUUACCUGCACACACAGCAGCAGCAGCAGCAGCAGCAGCAGCAGCAGCAGCAGCGCCUUAGCACAGUCGACCGCAGCUGCUGCCGAAUGGAAGACGCAGCAACAGUUCCACAGCAGUAAGGAGACGCGGAUAAACGGCUGCAGCAGCGCAGCAGCUAGUGAGAUUGCUGCUGCUGCUGCUGCUGCUGCACCAAGCACAAUAACAGCUGCUGCUGCGGCAGCAGCUAUACCAGCGGCCCCAGCAUCUGCAGCAACAGCUCCAACAGCAGCAGCAACUGCAGCACCUGCUGCAACUGCAGCAAGCCCAGCGACGGCAGCAGCACCGCCAGCAGCAGCACCUGCUGCAAGCCCAGCACACCAGCAGCAGCAGCAGCAGCAGCAGCAGCAGCAGCAGCAGCAGCAGCAAGGUCACCUUGUCUCCCUUCGUGUAAUAAGCGACAAACUGGAACUUGGAAAGAUCUCCUUCUACAAUUACAUCUUCGAAGCCGUGGCCGUUGCCGAUCCCCUUGCCAAACAGCAUUGUCCAGAAAAAAGGCAAAGCAGCAAAAGGGCGAUUAAGUCCCAACAUGUUAGCAGCAGCAACACGGCCCUGGUCCAUUGCUGUUGCAAAGUGUUCCACGCGGAUGUCUUCCCCUGCAGCAGCAGCAGCAGCAGCAGCAGCAGCAGCAGAGCAGCAGCAGCAGGUGCAGCAGCGGCAGCAGCAGGGAGAGCAGCGGCAGCUGCCGCUUUAGCAGCGGCAGCAGGCACUCCAGCAGCGGGUGAAGCAGCAGCAGGUGAAGUAAAAGCAGCAACAGGUGGAGCAGCAGCAGCAAUUGAGCAGCAGCAGCAGGUGGAGUACCAGCAGCAGACACAGCAACUGCAGCAACAGUCAGAGCAACUGGAGCUGCAGCAGCAGACAAAGCAGCAGCAAGUAGCGCAGCAGCAAGAGAGCCAGAAGCAAGAGGCGCAGCAGCAGCAUUUCUGCACGCAGCAGCAGGCCCUCAAAGGCGCAGCAGCAGCACCGCCAGAUAAAAAGCAGCAAUCCAGCAGCAAGAGACACGUGCAGCAAAUCAGCAGCAGCGCAAUCAACGAAGAGAAUUUGAACCUCGAGAGACAAAGCAGGCAGCAGCAGCAGCAGCAGCAGCUGCUGCUGCUGCAGGAGCGGCGACAGCAGCAGGAGCAACAGAGGCAACAGCAUCAGCAAAACCAACGGCAUCAGCGCCACCAUCAGCACCAGCAGCAGCAAAAGCAGCAGCAGCAGCAAAAGCAGCAGCAGCAGCAAAAGCAGCAGCAGCAGCAAAAGCAGCAGCAGCAAAAGCAGCAGCAGCAGCAGCAAAGGCAGCAGCAGCAGCGCGUACGAGAGGAAGGGGUCCACAGCAAGUCCCCCGCGGUUUCCCUGCUGCAGCUGUUUGCUGCUGCUGAUGUGGGGCAGCUCAGGAACAACUCCAAUCCCCACAAUGACCCGAUCUGCUGCUAA